AUGGACAACGAAGAAAAUGAGCAAUAAGAUAUUUCAGUAGGUGUGUUAUAAAUAAUGCAUUUGUUCGCUAUAUAUACCAUUAUAUAUUAAUUUUAAUUCCUAUUUUAUCUAUAGUUUAUAACCAAUUAAAUAAGAAAGAUAUUGGAUUCAGACCCAAAAAGCUAACAAUUUCAAGAGAUUUACAAUUAAGCUUGUGAUAUUUGUGCAGUUGGAUUCGAAAGCAGAUUUUAAUAAUAAGAAAGAGGAAUGACAAUAAUAUCCUGUUAUGGAUGUUAAUUAAGUUGUCACUUGUAUUGUUAUGGUAUUUCCACUGAAAUAGAGUUGAAUCCCAAUUCUAAUAAUUAAGGAUAUUUUGCAUGUGAUAAAUGCAAAUAUAGUCAGAAGCAAGAUCAAAUAUGCGUUGUUUGUAAUCAAAAAGGUGGUUUAAAGAAGAGAAUUAAUAAUACCAAUGAAUUUGUUCAUCCUCUUUGCGGAUUAUUAUCCAAACAACUUGAAUUAACUUCAUUUAUGGAAAUGAAAUUCAAGAAGCCCAAUAACAUAAUAUAAGUUGCUAAAUCAAUAUGUUCAUAUUGCAAAUCUUAAGGAGCCACAAUUAAAUGCUAAUAAUCAGGAUGCAAUACUUAUGCUCACAUAUAUUGUAUUGUUAAUUACAUCGCAAAUUAUGGUGGAUACAAUUUAACAUACUCAGAAAACUUAUAAAGAUCAACAGGAUGGGAAAUCUAAUUUAAUUAUAAAUAAUUGUUCUGCCCUGGUAACCUUGUUUAAGCAGGAAAUGAUAAAACUCAAUUAAAAAUUAAAUCCUAAUCUAUUUUCUAGUAAUUUAUGGAAAUUUAGAAAGUUGAUAAGUAAAUUAAUCUAGAUUAACUCUAUGAUAUGUAUUAAUAAUAAGAAAAAAUAGAAGAAGAAAAAGAACAAUUGAUGGAAUUCUUUUGUUCUCCUCAUUAGAAUUAAUAGAUUUAUUGUUGUUGUCAAUAGUAAUUGGCUAAUGAUUCCGAAGAAAUGGUUCAAUGUGAAACCUGUAUGGAAUGGUAUCAUGAUAAGUGUUUACGUCAAUAUCAAGAUGAUUAUGAAGAAUAGAAGAAUAAAGAUCAUUAUUUCUGUCCUUUUUGUAAUCAAUGGAGCAAUAAUCGUUUUGAUCAUAUUCUUAAAUAUGUUCCAGUUAAUAAUUUAAAGUCCUUAUUGCCUUCCUUUUUAAAAAUGACAUUCAAUACUCUUAUCAUUUUAGGCAUCUAUUGUGAAAGAAGUCUGACAACAUAGAUUUCAUCAUAUUCUGAAUCUUAAUACACAAUUAUAGAAACAAUCUUGAGUAAUUUACCGUUUUAUUAACCCUUACAAUAGCAAUUAUCUUAAAUUAAGCAAAAAUCAAAUGUUACUGAUUUUAUGAAUUUCCUUUUUAAAUCAUAGAUAGCUUAUAAAGAUGAUAAUCAAUGGUUUAUUUUAUCAUAAUUAAAUGAAUCUAAUCAACCUAUUUAGCAGAAUAUAAUAUAUAAUAACGAAUUAAAGGAUAAAUUAAAUUCAGUUAUCAAUUUAUUUAAAGAUUUUGAUGAGUGCAAAUUUUAUAUUGAAUUGUUGGAUAAAUUGAAUAAUCUACAAUUAGCCUUUUAAAUUAUUACAUCCGGAACUAAAAUAACUAAGAAUACUAUAUAAAAUCAAUUUAAAUCAAAUGAAUUUUAAGAAUACAUAUUUUUGUAAUAAUAGGUUAAGGAGUAUAAAAGAGUCAAGAAAAGAUUUAUUAGCAAAUUGUAAGAAGCUGAAGAUAAAUUCUGUGAUUUUGAAUAGAUCAUGAAUGAAGAGGUAUAGGAAUAGGAUUCUUCUGAAGAGGAGGAUGAUGUAGAAGAUGAACUAGAGGAUUAUGAAAAACUACAGAGCUAUUUAGGUUUUAAAAUAUUUUAAAUUAAAAAUUACUAAUAAUUUUAUAAUCUCACUUCUGAAACAAGAAUCAAAUUAAAUUAGAUUAAAUUGAGUAAGGAAUUUGUUGAAAAAACAAUUCAAGAAUUAAAUUCAUUGUUAAUUACAGUUCCCUGGGUAGAAAUCUUAAAACAAGAAUUGUAAGAAGGAUAUCUCAUUGUGUAAUAGUUAGAAAAUGCUAAAUCAUCGGAUGAAAUAUAGUUAUUGUUAAAUAAGCUUGAAGAAUUACCUUUCCAUUAUAAAGAUUUUCCAGAGUUUUAUGAAUUUAUAUCCAAAUACUAAUUAUAUUAGAGAUAUAUGCAAGAUUUGGAAUUGCAAGAAAAGGAUGAAGAUGACAGUGAAAUCUAAGUUACUAAAGAUAUUCAGACAAAGAUCACAUGCGAUCAUCUUUAAAUGCUGAAAUAAUUAUCUAUUGAAAUCAAGGCUCCUGAGAAAGACAAAUAGGUAUUGGAGUAGGUGGAGAAGUAGUUAAAUGAAUUUAGAUAGAGAUUGAGAGGUAUGAUUGAACAGAAGAGUUUGAAUGAACAAAUGAGAAAGAAGUUUUAAUCUGAACUAUAAAUUAAUAAGAUUUAUGAUGUCCCUGAAAUCUAUGAAUUAUAGAAAAGACUAGAACAAUUUUAAGAGGUUGAAAAAAUUAGAAUGGCUAAAUCUUAAACUCUUCAACAACUCGAGCAUGCUUUAGAAAAAUCUAAAGAAUUCAAUUUUGAUGAAAAGAUUAUUAAUCAAUUUGAUUAGGAUAUAACUAAAUGCUUAUUGAAAAAGAAAGAAAUUAAAGCUUUGUUGGAGAAUGAAAUAUUUGAAACUGAAUAAUUAGAUUAGGCUAAAUAAUUACUCUAAGAUAUUUCUUAAAGUAAGGUAAUUUAUGAGGAGAAAUAAUUAUUAUAGAGUUUGAAUAAAGCUUGCUAAUUUAUUUAAUAAUUAUAUGAAUUUUAUUAAAAAUAUAAAUCUCCAGAUUAGGAAAUGGAAAUUGAAGAUGAUAAAAAUCCAGACUUAUAAUUUAAAAUUAAUUAAGUUUGCAAUCCCUUUUAAAUUCUAUUUAAAGAUGAUAAUGAAACUAUCAUACUAGAAUUAGAAAAUAUUUUAAGCAAAUAAUCAAUCAUACUUGACAAAAGAAUAAAUACUGUUUUAAAUAAUUAUUAGCAUUUUCUUUGGGAAAAACAAACCAAAUUAUUGUUAUCCUUCUGCGAAUCCAAAUAAGAAAUGCAAAUAUAAUUAAUAGAAGCAGUACUUUCGAAGUCAUUCACUUUGGAUGAAAAUGAAUAAGCAAAAUUAAUUGAUUUUUCAGAGAUGUUCUAUAAUCAAUAAAAAAUUGUUAUUUCUUUAAGUACCUAAAUUGGAAACUAUUUAUUUCAAGUGCCUCUUCCCCAAGAAUUAGAAGGAUGGUUCUACUUAUAUGGCUAAGUAACUCUUAAUAUAAAAGGAGGAAUCUGGGACCAAAUGAAAAUAUAUAAUGUUUGGGUUACGAUUGUAAAGAAGUAUUUUGAAAUUACAACAACACCAGAGUUUACAUAUGAAAGUCUAAAAUUAUUAUAGGAUGUUAUUGUUAUGUCACAUAUUCCUAAAUAAGCAUUGAUUUGCGCAAAUUUGGUCCAAAAAAUAGCUUGUUUCAAUGCCCUGGUUGAUAAAAUGAAAGAUUAUAACAUAAGAAAAUAGAUAUUCCUAGAAAAGAAGAAGUCAAAAUAAGAUUUAUAAAAAUUCAAAUAAUGCUUUACAAUUGCAGAAGCCAGAUUAUUGGAUUAAGAGAUCAAAACAUGUAACAUAGCGCAUGACUUUAUUUCGAAAGAUUUCUAUCAAGAUUUUCAAAAUCUUCAUUAAAUUUAAGAAGAAUUUAGCAAUUGUUCUUCUGAGGAUAUCUCUGCCCUUACAACUUUGUAUUAGAGAUUGAUUUAAUCAUUUAUUUAAGAUUAAUAAUUAAUGGAAGAUUUGAAGAUAAAUAUCUAUUUAUUGAAACUAAAAGAAAUAUUAAAAGGGAAUAAAUUAGUUGAAUUAUACAAAGCCAAAAAGCAAUACAAUAGCCUAAUGUAAUUGUUGCAAUCUCGUAAUUUGUAAAUCCCAAAUUUCAUAAUUGAAUUAAAUACUUUAUUAAAUAUUGCUGAAAGAAUUUAAAAUAUAGCAAAUAAGAUCAAAAAUAAUCAACCCUAUACAUUUGAAGAAUUAUAAUAAUCUAUACAAGAUAUAGAUAAGAUUCAAAAUAUCAAUAUUGAGAGAUCGUAAGAUGUUGAGAUUAGAUAUCAUGAAUGCCUUUAAAUCUAAAAUGAAAUUCAAGAGAUUGUUCAAUCUCAAAUUAAAACAAAGGAAGUUGUAGUUCAAAAUAUAUUAGAAAAAUUAUAGAACUUACCUCUACCAGAAGAGAAGCAAUUAGUGUAAUCUUGGUUGAAUUCUUUCGAAUAACUGAAGUAAAGUUAUUCCACAUUAAGAUAAACAAUCUCAAAAUAAAAAACAAAUCCUAAUAGUAAAGAAUUGACUGAUUUGAUGAAUAACUUUUAAAAGAAAUACAAAGACAUAAUGAUAAUAUAUUCUGAUGCUGAUCAUUUUAUUAGAGAAUACUAGGAAUUUAAUAAGAAAUUAGAAUAUAUUGAAAAUAAUUUAUAAACUGAAUAGUCAUUCAAUGAUUUUCAUGAUUUACUCAGCAUAUUUAGAUGGGGGGAUUAAUAUGAAAGAGUCAAAAUUGCUAUUUGGAUUAAAUAAGUCAAUCAAUUCAAGGAAAACCCAUAAUAAAAAUGGGGAUUUGCUUCGUUUAGAAAUAUGUUGAAUCAAGGUUAUGAUAUAAUUGAUUAAGCUUUAAUGAAUAAUUAAAAGUUAUCAAUCGAAAAAAUGAAGGUUCCAUUAACUUAUUUAGAAUCAAUCAUGACUAAAUUGAUUGAUUCAGUUGCAAGUGGAUCAUAUUUAGAUCCAAGUGGCGAAGGAAAAGUUGAUGCUUUUUAAUUGUAAAUUGAACUUUAACAUAUUACUCAACAUGAUAAAUUAGAAAGGUUAAGAGAAUUGCAACCAAAAAAACCAUUUGAAGACAUAAAUUCAUACUUUGAUAAGAAAUAAAAAUAAUAAUAUAUGCGAAAGAAGAAUCAAUAGAGAGAGGAGAAAGAGGAACAAAAUAAUUAAGUUGACAGCAUUAAGAAAGUCAAAAAAUAGUAAACUAAUGAAACGGUUACUUAAUAAUUAAGAGAUGCAAAGAAAAAAGAAUUAUUAUAAGUUAUUUGGAGAAAUCCAACAUUAUCAAAUUUGAAGAAUUAGGAAUUCUAUUAAGGCAAAAUAAAGAUUUUUGAAAAUUAAGAGUUUGGCACUUUCAAUACAAACAAGUCAAUGUAUUUGGAGAGAAUGGCAAUACUCAUUUAAACCUUUAAAGAAUUGCAAUAAUUACCUAAUUUUUCAAAAAGAAUUGUUGAAAAAGGAUUCAAUAUAGAAUAGGUUAAUUAUGCAGUAAGAAAAUAUGAAACCAAGGCUCUUUUAUAGAUAGAAGAAAAGUUGAUGUAAAGACCGAAUCCAUCAUCUUCAUAAUAAUAAGAUUACAACCCUCUAGCUCCAAAUAAAAAUAAAAUAGUUGCUAUUCAGCCAGUUAAUUAGAAAAAUGCUUAACCUGUUGUUAAAUAAGUGUAAUCUAAUUAAACACAAUCUAAAUUAACUAAGGAAGAUGUUCUUAAUUAAAUUUUGAAUGAUUCAUAUCCUAACAAUAAAUUAUAAUAAUAGCAACUAUAGUAAUAAUAAUAAAUCUAAUCUCAAUCCAAAUCAUUGUAGUUAUAAUAACAAUAGCCUUAAACAUUUUAUAAAUAAUAAUAAUUAUAGCCUUAAAUUAUAUAAUUGUAAUAAAAAUCAUUAUAAUAAUAAUAGUAGCCACCAUAAUAGUAACAAUAAUUAUAAUCAUCUAUUUUUGAUAAUACUUAUUCUGAUUAGAUCAAAUAAACCUUUCAAUAUCAAUCACAAUAAUCACUCUAAUCAUCAUAAUCAUAACUUUAAUAAUAAUCCUCGAAAUCGUUGCUUUCUCCAAGCAGAUCUAUAAGUAAAGGAGUUAAUGAAUCCAUUUCGUCUGAUUUACCAGAAUUGGAAGUUUUGAAAAUGGAAAAUCCAAAUAAACCCAUUUUGUAUAAUCCAGAUGAUGAUGAACCAGACUAAAAAGUAAUUGUAUAAAAAAUUGAAGUGACUCCACUUAACUUUGGAGAUAAAAUCUUAAAAAUAGGAAAGAGAUAUAGAUUUAAUAUAAAAGAUUAAUAAGUAUCUUGUGAAUUUUACACUAAUUCUUUGGAUAAUAAAUUGAAAGAAUUUCCUAAGUUUUCCAGUGAAUUUAAACAUUAAAAAUUUUAACAAUAAGAUACAACAUUACAAUAGAUGGAAAGAUUAGCGAAUAAAAACAUGUAAAUAAUUUUAGCAGGAUGGGUGGUUCCAGAAAAAUACACUGAGUUUGGUGAUAUUCUAAAGUUUAGUGAAAUGUUAAGAAAAGAUUAAUCUUUCAUAUCAUUUCCUUUAAGUGAUUCAUUUUAUACUGUUGUAUAUUUAAUGCAUUACGAUUAAUUGUAAAACUCAUAAUUAUUUGCAAAUUUCAAAUUGACAGAAUUUGUAUCUGAAUCACAUUACUUAAAAAGAGACUUAGGAAUCAUUAAAUUUUGGGGGAAUUUGAUCCCUAAAUUAUGCUUUGUAAUAACUAUAAAAUAAUAAACUGCAGCAAUGAUGUUGAGUAGUUUUAAUCCUUUGCAGUACGAUACAGCAAAGAAUGUAUUUAAGUCUAAAGAGUUUUGCAAAUGGGUUGAAGGUAAAAUAAGUGAAGAGAAAGCAAGUAAGAAAUUAUAACAAUCACAAUAAUUAUUGUAAUAGCAAUAAUAAUAAUAAUAACAAUAGCAACAGUAAUAAUAAUAGCAAUAAUAAUAAUAAUAAAAGUAAUAAUCGUAGUAAUAAUAAUCAUAAUAGCAAUAAUAAAUAUAAACAGAAUUAGAACCUGUGACUUCUGAAGAGGAAGACAAUAAUCAAAUUAAUAGUUAAAAUGGUUAAAGCCAUUUAUUUGGUAAUCCAAAUUCCGAGGAAAAUGGAUAUGAAUAAUUGCUUGCGUUGUUACAAUCAGAUAAACAAAUUAUGGGGGAGCUAUUUAAAAAUAACAAUAUAGGAUGA